UUUCCUCCCGACCCUCACCCGACGCCGUCCCCUUGCCUUCUCCUUUGCGCCGAGCCUCUGAUCUUUUGCCCUAACCACUCCCAACCGGUGCCACAAAACCGCCGCACGCCUCGCAAGUAAAGUCAUCGCAGAUCCCCUCUGUUUCGCUUCCUCUUCCUCGCCACUACCGAUCUCUGUUCCCUUUCCCUUUUCUCUCCCGAUCCAGCCGAGGAUCUUCAUCUUCUUCUCUUCUUGUGCCGACGCUGACCCCCUAACCGCAGGCGCCUCUGACUCCACGGAUCCACCAUCCGCGUGUGUACCUUAGUGGCGGCACACAUCUAGCGCACUUUUCUUGAGUCGUACCCUAGCGACGCCGACCGUCGGCCUUUCUCCCGAUUCCGCCGUCGCUAGUGCUUCUUCGUCGGAUCUCUGCUCAACGCCGACCUUCUUCUCUGUCUCUUUAGUCGACGCCCCGCUCCUGACGCCACGACUGUCUCCCGAUCGCAGGCACUGUCCGCCCUCACGCGAACCAGUCGCCAGCCGAUUUCUCUCCAUCAUCUCCCGACCUCCUUUGUGCCCUAGCACGGUGACUGAUUCUUUCUUUUUCCUCUCUGGUCGUGGUGAUCUUGGAGCAAUGAAGAGGUGUCCGGAAAGAGCUGUGGUGUUUCCUGGUAUUUCCAGUAGCAAAACAAACCCUAACGGUGUAGUAACAGCGGCUGUGAAUUAAGAUUCACGAGGGCGCGAUACUGCUGAAAAUUUUGAAUCCCGGCGGGCAGUCGAUCCUCAAGAGGCUCCCAAGUUCCCACCCGCCUCCUCCUCAAAUCUCAAUCGAUCGAGCAGGCGGAGAAGCGAGGCGGGGAGCGAUGUCUUCUUCACCGUCUCCUUCUUUGGAUUCGAGGUCGAGGCAUCACAGUUACUGCAGGAAGCAGAAAUCUCUCGGCGUCUUGUGCUCCAACUUCGUGAGUUUGUACGUUCAGAAAGGGGCUGAAUUUGUGGACCUUGACUACGCCGCAAGGCAGCUUGGCGUCGAGAGGCGCCGGAUCUAUGAUAUCGUCAAUGUCAUGGAGAGUGUCGGGGUCGUUGCGAGGAAGGCGAAGAGUAAGUACUCUUGGAUAGGGUUUUCUGGGAUCCCAAAUGCACUAAAGGAACUCAAGGAGGAGGCACUUCAGGAGAGUUUUGCCACUGAUGUGGCCUCCGUAAAAGAAGCUUUGGAGGAUCAACAUGAAGACAGCGAAAGCCAGAGCCACGAUGAUGUAGAUGAGAAACCAAGCAAAAUUGGCAGCAUUUCUUCAUUGAUGGGCUCUUUUGGCAACAUAUUGUCAGCUACUGAGAACAGGAAGGAUAGAUCACUAUACCUGCUGAGCCGAAAUUUCAUCAAGCUUUUCCUGAAUUCAGAAGUAAACACUAUCUUACUGGAUGAAGCUGCAAGGCUGCUGCUUGGUGACAACACCAACUUAUCCCACAUCAGAACCAGACGUCUGUAUGACAUAACAAAUGUGUUGUCGUCUAUCAAUCUUAUCGAGAAGAUUCAAGAAUCUAGGAAGCCAGCGUUUCGAUGGCUAGGAACCAGUGGCAAGUCUAAGAUGGAUACUUCUGUAACAGUUGUUGCUUCUAAAAUUGGAAAUCAUUCCAAUAAGAGGGCAUUUGGAACUGAGGUCACUAAUGUGGAAUUGAAGAGGAGCAGGCUGAGUCCUAAAGCAAGUAAGAAGCCUAGUAAUUAUGCACAACUGUGGAAUCAGGACCUCAAAGAAUGUAAUCUGACAGCUCAGAAGCAAUUAAGCAUGAAGAGUGGCUUUGUUUUUGGUCCUUUCUUCCCUGCUGGAGCAACUAAAGAGGUAACUGAGGAAAAAGGUGGGAAAACUGCUCAAGGUUUGGAGGGUUCUGCAUGCUCGUCGCGACCACAAUACCACAAUGAAGCCCUGAGUGAACUUUUUUCCCAUUACAUGGAAGCAUGGAAGUCAUGGUACGCCGAACUCGCUCAAGGCAGCAGCAACCUACAGCAGCAACCUUGCAACACCUCCAAUUGAAACACAUGUGACUUUUGUAGGGUCUCACUCCAUCUGACGCGGCUUCGACGCUUCCGAGGCUCAUCCUUAUCCCCAUGCGAUGGCACAGAGGUAAUUAAGUGGCUUUCUCAACUAAUUCAGAUUAUCUGUUCUCUAAUUUUUUUUUGUUUCCGUGUCCCUUACUGAUUAAAUGGAUCAGAUUAUAUUUCAAGGUAUUAUGAUAUUCUUAAGAUGUAUGUAAUAUCCUUGUGACGUGCAAAAUAUUUUUGAGAUAUAAUAUGAUUCGUUUGAUCGAUAAAGGGACAUGAGAACAGAAAAAUUUAAGAAAGAGCAUCAGAACUCUUUCUCAACAGUCUCAUUUUUUUUAAAAUGUAGUUUUUCGUGUCCGUUAAAUCUGAUCCUUUAUGAAUACUUUUAUGAUUAGGGAGGCACACGUACUGAGAUUAGGAGAUGAGUUUAUUUCUUGAUGUAUUUGAGAUUAAUUCAACUCUUUUCGGAGGUUAGAUGUGGGUCUGGUUGGUUUUUAUGAGGUUGGUUUCUAUCGGGUGCCUGUUUUUGUUAAAUCGAUCUCUAUCGGAUCAGCUUCUACCGUAUCGACUUCUGUUGAAUUGGAUUGAUCGAGAUUCAGCUUGAUGGAUAAAGAAAAAAAGAAAUAAAGAAAGAAAGACGUAACAAAGUGAAUUGGAUGUUUCUAAUUCCAAAAUUAUUCAUUAAAAGAUAUGUCUAUCUCGAUUGAGGUAGUUAGUCACCCUAAUAAUCAAAUUAAAGUUAAGACAGACUUAACCACACACCUACUUGUUGAUUAAGUGUACUAAUUAAGUGAGUGAUGAGUGAGGUGGUCACGCCUUCAAUUAUUAGGCCAUGGGACCUCAUGCACCAUCACCUUCAUUAUCAUCUCUUAUCAACACAAUUCAUGUGUGUGGUUGUGCUUAGCUCUCAUUAAGAGACAAGUGGCCUUCUAUUUAUUUCACUAACUCUUCGUACAAUUAAAUAAGGUGUUUAUUUAUUUAUUUUUUAUAAAAAAAUUAAGGAUAUUUUAUUUUGCCCCCUAUAGUUUUGUUCUUUCACAAAAUACCAUUCGACGUUCCCCUCCCAUAAUUUAUUUAUCCUACUCAUUUUUAAAACGGUAAAGGAG